GGGCUUUUUAUUUAUCGGAAAAAGAAAAUAUAUAAGGACUCAGAAGUGAUUUCUCAGUUAGGAUUCUUUAUUUCUUUCAGUGUUGGUGAUUAGGGUUUCUUUGAGGUUCAAAUCAAUGGCGGAAGAAAGAUUCACCGGUGUGGUUCUAUGGUUCAGCAACAGCAAAGGCUUCGGUUUCAUCAAACCCGAUAACGGUUCCGAUGAUGUCUUCGUUCAUCAAUCUUCCAUCAGAUCCGAUGGAUUCCGCACUCUUGUUGAUGGCGAUCUCGUCGAAUUCUCCAUCGCAUCCAGCGACAACGACAAAACCAAAGCCGUCGAUGUCACUGGUCCUAACGGCGCUCCUCUUGGCGGAGGUGGCGGCGGUCGUGGAUUUAGGGGUGCUGAUAGGCGUAAUGGUGGCGGCGGCGGCGGUGGCUGUUACAACUGUGGUGAUACUGGCCACAUCGCUAGGGAAUGCAACCGGAUCAAUAACUCCGGCGGAGGUGGCGGUGGAAACGCAGGCUGUUAUAACUGCGGUGAAACUGGCCACAUCGCUAGGGAUUGCAACCGGAGCAAUAACUCCGGCGGAGGUGGAGGUGGAGGCCGUGAAUGUUAUACUUGCGGCGCGUUUGGACAUAUCGCUAGGGAUUGCAUGCGUGGAGGCAACAUCGGAGGCGGAAUUGACCGUGGCAGCGGUGGUGGCACUUCAUGCUACAGAUGUGGCGGAUUCGGUCACAUUGCAAGAGAUUGCGCUACUCCAAGCAGCGGAAACAGCAGCGGUGGUUGCUAUAACUGCGGCGAGGUCGGUCACAUUGCUAGGGAUUGCAGCGUUGAAGGCGGAAGAUUUGAUGGCGGUGGCAACGGAAGGUUUGAUGGUGGCAACAGAAGGUAUGGCGGCGGCGGGGAUGGAGGGAAGACCACAUGCUUCAAUUGUGGGAAGCCUGGACAUUUUGCAAGGGAGUGCGUUGAGGCUUCUGUUUGAGGGAAAAAGGUUGAAUAGUACAUAUUCUCUUUUUUGCACAAUUCAACAGAUUUUAACUGAUUAGUAUCUCUUUUGAAUCAUUCUUAUAAUUUUGGGAAGCAACUUUAUACAUAGAUGCUAUGAUGAUUACUAUGGUUUUGGUUGUGUUUUUGACUUAUGAUUACUAGUUCACUGCCAAUUUGGCCUUAUUUUGUGGUUGAUUUACA